AGACCACUCAUGUCUAUAAGAAGGCUGGCAUGCAUGGCUUGAGCUACAGACUCACUGAGAAACUCAGUGAGGGAAGUGCCAAGUAGCCACAAUGGCCAAGUUUGCUCUGGCUAACCUCUUGAUCCUCCUUGUGAACUUGGGCACUUUGCUCACGUCACUUGCUUGUCCCUAUUGCCCUUACCCAGCUCCGCCAUCUAAACCACCACAGUAUCCUCCAAAGAUACCACCGGUGCAUCCUCCUCCCAAAGUAAAGCCACCACCAAAGUAUCCUCCAAAGAUACCACCGGUGCAUCCUCCUCCCAAAGUAAAGCCGCCACCAAAGUAUCCUCCUAAGAUACCACCGGUGCACCCUCCUCCCAAAGUAAAGCCACCAUCAAAGUAUCCUCCUAAGAUACCACCGGUGCACCCUCCUCCCAAAGUAAAGCCACCACCAAAGUGUCCUCCUAAGAUACCACCGGUGCAUCCUCCUCCCACAGUAAAGCCACCCCAUGACCCUAAACCCCCCAAACCCCACCCACCUAAGCCGCCUGUUGUUCCCAAACCUCCCAUUGUACAUCCCCCGUUUAAACCGAAACCACCCAUUGUGCAUCCGCCCUAUACACCGAAACCACCCAUUGUGCAUCCGCCCUUCAAACCGAAACCACCCAUUGUGCAUCCGCCCUUCAAACCGAAACCACCCAUUGUGCAUCCGCCCUUCAUACCAAAACCACCAUAUGUGCCCAAACCACCAGUUCUGCCACCAACACCACCAGCUCUUCCACCACCAAAGCCUCCAGUGAUUCCUCCAAUAAAGCCACCAACACCUCCAGCUCUUCCACCACCAACUCUUCCACCACCAAAGCCUCCAGUGACUCCUCCAAUAAAGCCACCAACACCACCAACUCUUCCACCACCAAAGCCUCCAGUGACUCCUCCAAUAAUGCCACCAACACCACCAACUCUUCCACCACCAAAGCCUCCAGUGACUCCUCCAAUAAUGCCACCAACACCACCAACACCACCAACUCUUCCACCACCAAAGCCUCCAGUGACUCCUCCAAUAAUGCCACCAGCACCACCAACUCUUCCACCACCAAAGCCUCCAGUGACUCCUCCAAUAAAGCCACCAACACCACCUAUUGUGAACCCUCCACCACCUGAAACACCAUGUCCUCCACCUCCACCACCACCACCAAAACAAGAGACUUGCUCCAUUGACACUCUCAAGCUAGGUGCAUGUGUGGAUGUGUUAGGUGGACUGGUCCACAUUGGUAUUGGCAGUAGUGCCAAGGAUGCAUGCUGUCCAGUGCUUCAAGGUCUUCUUGACUUGGAUGCUGCCAUAUGUCUUUGCACCACCAUUAAGGCUAAGCUUCUCAACAUCAGUAUCAUUAUACCCAUUGCUCUUGAGGUCCUUGUUGACUGUGGCAAGACCCCACCUGAAGGGUUCAAGUGCCCUGCUUAAUUAAUCAGGUUGUGUUGAAACAUGCAGAGGGUAACAUGUGUGAGCUUGAAAGUGUAAAGAAUAAUUGCAUGUAGGAUCAUGAAGUGGCUGGAAUGAAGCCUCUAAUUCAAGAGGAUAUCUUGUGUUUUGUUAUAGUUCUAGAGAAUUUUCUUAUGAUCCUUUCCUUCCCUUUUCAGAGCAUAUCUUAUGUUAAUUUCUUCAACUUGUUGCCUAUCAAAUGUGGGCAUACUUUCUUGAUUGCUUGAUGUUUAAUUAAUUCCAUCAAAAUGUGAUGAUCUCCAUCACUUGUGA